AUGCUUCCAGUGUCGGGCAACAGGGCACAAAAUGCUUCCAGUGUCGGGCAACAGGGCACAAAGUACUUCCAGUGUCGGGCAACAGGGCACAAAGUGCUUCCAGUGUCGGGCAACAGGGCACAAAAUGCUUCCAGUGUCGGGCAACAGGGCACAAUGUGCUUCCAGUGUCGGGCAGCUUCCAGUGUCGGGCAACAGGGCACAAAAUGCUUCCAGUGUCGGGCAACAGCGCACAAAGUGCUUCCAGUGUCGGGCAACAGGGCACAAAGUGCUUCCAGUGUCGGGCAACAGGGCACAAAGUGCUUCCGGUGUCGGGCAACAGGGCACAAAGUGUUUCCGGUGUCGGGCAACAGGGCACAAAGUGCUUCCAGUGUCGGGCAACAGGGCACAAUGUGCUUCGAGUGUCGGGCAACAGGGCACAAAGUGCUUCGAGUGUCGGGCAACAGGGCACAAAGUGCUUCCAGUGUCGGGCAACAGGGCACAAAGUGCUUCCAGUGUCGGGCAACAGGGCACAAAGUGUUUCCAGUAUCGGGCAACUGGGCACAAAGUGCUCCAAGUGAUAUUUAA